GUUAUAUAUUUUUUACAUCCCAUCUAUAUAACAUCAAUAAAAUGACGUGCUUGGUUCAGAGACACCGAAAACAUAUAAAUAACAUGGUAUUUUUACUUAGCAUCAUCACAUUUAAUUGUAUUCCAUUUAAGAAUCAGAGUGUAUUUUAUUCUGAUUAGAAGUAAUUCAAAGCAGAAAUGAAGCUUAUCAUUGUGGUAUUAAUGAUGUUGGUUUGCGUGUACAGCAUGAGUAUUGAAAAAAAUGUACCUAAGAACCAUGAAAUGCCAGCCAAAAAACAAGUUGCAGAAACUAAAACUGAAUUAAAGAAACGUAGCGAUGAUGAUGUUGAGGAAAUAUGUGAUGACGAUGAUCAAGAGUGCAAUGAUAAAGAAGAAGAAGAAGAAGAAGAAGAAGAAGAAGAAGGAGAAGAAGACUGCGAUGAAGAUGAUGAUGAUUGCGAGGAUGAAAAAAAGAAAAAGAAAAGGGAAACUAAAUCUAAAUUAAAGAAACGUAACGAUGACGAAGAAGGAGAGGAAGAAUGCAAUGAAGAUGAAGAAGAUUGCGAAGAUGAAGUAGAAAUAGAAGUAGAAUGCGAUGAAGAUGAUGAUGAUGAUUGCGAUGAUGAAGAUAAAAAAAAGAAAGGGGUAAACAAACUGAAAAGAGAAAGUAGGAAGAAAAACUCAAAGAAAACAGUGUCAAAGAAUGCAAAGAAAAAUUCUAAAAGAUCAAUGACUGCGAAAAAGAACAGCCAAAAAAAGCAACAGAAUAAAAGAGACGCAGUUCACAAAAACCUUAAAGCUAAAAGAAGCAAACUUUAAAAAAAAAUUCAACUUCUGAUUUUCAAACUAUUGUAUUUUUGUUAAAGUUCCUGCGUUUUUUAAUAUCAUGUUUAUUUUUUUA